AUGUUGAAUAACAAAUUUGAACACAAAAUAUUACCCAUGUGCAAACAGAUGAAAGAUUUCGUAAGUUGCGUCAGUUACAUGUUGAAUUUUAAAGUGAAAAAAUCUGAAUUUUCAGUUGAAAUAAGAAAAGUUUUCAAUCUUUAUCUGGAUUUACUGAAAAGGAGGUUGACAGAAUUUCUAAAUCCACCCCAAAUGGUGAAUCUGAAGAAUCCGUCAGAACCGUCUUUUGUCGACGAAGCCGCCAAUAAAGAGGGAUUAAGUGCUAAAGUUUGCACUCUAACAACUUAUGAACUCAACCAGCAAUACUUUGUUGCUUUCGCAAUAAAUCAUUUAAUUUGA